CCUCUCUCUCUCUCUCUCUCUGCCUCGGCGACCUCGCCUCCGCUUACUCUCCCACCCAGACAAAACCCUCUUUGCCUCUCAUGGCGUCACGCGGCGGCGACGGCCUCGUCGGAGGAGGGCGCGGGCCCCUCGGUGGGCGGGACGGUAGAGGGCGCGGCCCGGCCGGUGGGCGAGGCGGCGGAAGGGGAGGCGGCCACCCGCAGCAGCAGCAGCAGCAGCAGCCGGGCUACGGCCGCGGCGACGGGGGCGGCCGUGGUCCUGCCCCUGCUGCUGGUGGUGUCGUUGGUCGAGGAACUGGAGGCGGCGGCGGCGGCGGGCGCGGGGACGGCGGACGCGGCCGUGGCCGUGGCGGCGGCGGCGGAGAUGGCGUUCGCCCUGCUAUGGCCGCGGCUCCGGCGGCGUCGACUCCUGGUCCGGUUGCUGUUGCUGCUCGGAGUACUCCUCCUCCUACUCCCGCGGUCCAGAUCCCCGCGGUGGCGUCGUCGUCGUCAGCGCAGCCAGCGGCGGCGGCGCAGCCUCCUCCGGCAGCCGCGGCGGUUUCUGCCCUCGCGAGGGACGUUGGGAGGCAGCUGGCUGUCGUGGCGGGCGGCGGCCGCCCCGCUCCCCCCGCGGCGCCGCCGGCGCCCAUCCCGGUGUCGAGCAAGGGCGUCGCGCCACCGUCGCGGCCGGGGUUCGGGACGGUGGGGGAGAGGAUCGUGGUGCGCGCGAACCAUUUCCUCGUCCGCGUCUCCGACAACGACAUGAUCUACCUCUACGACGUGAGUUUGAGUCCCCCACCAAAGACCAGGCGCAUCAACAGGGUAGUGAUGUCUGAGCUGGCCAGGUUGCACCGUGAGUCGCAUCUCGGUGGCAUAAGCUUCGCGUACGACGGAAGCAAGGCCCUGUACACUGCAGGAAAACUGCCGUUCGACUCCAUGGACUUCAAGAUCAAGCUGGGCAAAGAGCUCAGGGAAAUCGAGUACAAGGUGACAAUUCGACGUGCUGGCCAAGCAGAUCUGCACCACCUGCACGAGUUCAUCGCCGGCCGGCAGAGGGACUCUCAGCAGCAAACGAUCCAAGCACUGGACGUUGUACUGAGGGAGUCACCUUCUCUGAACUAUGUCAUCGUUUCUCGGUCGUUCUACUCCACUAUGUUCGGCCGACAAGACAUUGGUGAUGGGCUGGAAUGCUGGAAAGGAUACUAUCAGAGCCUGCGCCCAACUCAGAUGGGACUCUCAUUGAACAUAGACAUAUCCUCUACCCCAUUCUUCAAACCUAUCAGCGUGGUAGAAUAUGUCAAGAAUUGUCUGGGCACACCUACUAAUGCUAAUGGCCCUGACCCUAGGCGGCCUCUUUCUGACAUUGAUCGCCUGAAGGUUAAGAAAGCACUACGGGGAGUUCGUGUUGAAACAACACACCAGGGGAAGAGCAGCAAGUACAAGAUCACUACGAUUACAUCUGAGCCACUGAGUCAGCUGAACUUUUCUAUGGAUGGAACUACCCAGACUGUUAUUCAGUACUUCUCGCAGCGGUACAAAUACAGGCUGCAGUACACGUCUUGGCCCUGUCUGCAAUCCGGCAACCCUUCUAACCCUAUAUAUUUGCCAAUGGAGGUAUGCACCAUUGUAGAAGGGCAAAGAUACUCCAAGAAGCUCAAUGACAAACAAGUGACUGGCCUCCUGAGAGCAACAUGCCAGCCUCCCCAGAAAAGGGAGCAGAAAAUCAUUGAGAUGGUUCAACACAACAACUACCCGGCUGAUAAGGUGGUGAGUGAUUUUAGAAUUAAUAUUUCCAAUCAGAUGGCCACUAUGCCAGCUCGCGUGCUGCCUGCGCCCACGCUGAGAUACCAUGACUCUGGAAAGGAGAAAACUUGUAAUCCCAGAGUUGGGCAAUGGAAUAUGAUCAAUAAGAAAAUGGUUGGUGGAGCUGUGGUUCAAAAGUGGACUUGCGUGAAUUUUUCACGCAUGCAUAUUGAUGCCGUGCACAGACUAUGCGGCGAACUAGUUUAUACAUGCAAUGCUAUUGGCAUGGUUUUCAAUGAAAUGCCAGAGAUAGAGGUGGGGUCAGCUGCUCCUAAUAACAUCGAAGCUGCCCUGAGCAACAUUCACACAAGGGCUCCUCAACUCCAGCUGCUCAUUGUGAUUCUCCCAGAUGUUAAUGGGUAUUAUGGAAGAAUUAAGAGGGUGUGUGAGACUGAACUUGGGAUAGUAUCCCAGUGCCUCAAGCCAGGCCGCAAGCUCUUGAGCUUAGACAGGCAGUUCCUGGAAAAUGUCUCACUCAAAAUCAAUGUCAAGGCUGGAGGACGCAACUCAGUUCUUCAGAGACCUCUUGUACCCGGUGGGCUUGAAAACACAACAAUAAUUUUUGGUGCCGAUGUCACCCAUCCUGCUUCUGGAGAGGACUCAUCGGCGUCGAUCGCAGCUGUGGUGGCCUCCAUGGACUGGCCUGAGAUCACCAAGUACAAAGCCCUCGUCUCUGCCCAGCCACCUCGGCAGGAGAUUAUACAAGAUCUCUUCACCAUGACUGAAGUUGCGCAGAAUGCUGAUGCUCCAGCACAGAAGGCUGAAGGUUCGAAGAAGAAUUUCAUAUGCGGCGGAAUGUUCAGGGAGUUGCUUAUGUCAUUCUACAGUAAGAAUGCUAAACGUAAGCCUCAAAGGAUAAUAUUUUACAGGGAUGGUGUAAGUGAUGGACAAUUCCUUCAUGUUCUGCUCUAUGAGAUGGACGCAAUCAAGAAGGCUAUUGCAUCUUUGGACCCAGCAUACAGGCCCCUGGUGACAUUUGUGGUUGUCCAGAAGAGGCACCACACAAGGCUCUUCCCUGAGGUGCAUGGAAGGCAAGAUCUGACGGACAGAAGUGGAAAUGUUCGUCCAGGAACCGUGGUUGACACUAACAUUUGCCACCCUAGUGAGUUCGACUUCUACCUGUGCAGCCAUGCCGGAAUCCAGGGAACAAGCAGACCAACCCACUACCACGUUCUCCAUGACGAGAACCGUUUUAGUGCCGAUCAGCUGCAGAUGCUCACUUACAAUUUGUGUUACACCUACGCUCGAUGCACCCGGUCUGUCUCUGUUGUCCCUCCAGCCUACUACGCUCACCUGGCAGCAUUCCGGGCGAGGUACUACGAUGAGCCCCCCGCCAUGGACGGAGCUUCGUCGGUCGGCAGCGGCGGCAACCAGGCGGCGGCCGGCGGCCAGCCACCGGCGGUGCGCCGCCUCCCGCAGAUCAAGGAGAACGUCAAGGACGUGAUGUUCUACUGCUGAUCGAAUCGGCGCCUAGCUUGGGUUUUAACUACAAACAUUUUGUUGGUCGCUCGUCAGUAUUCAUUCAGGCUGUUAGUGUACUGUGCUAUCUCUGAAAUUGUGAUGGUGUCAUUUGGGACAUGUUAACCUGUUGUUGAACUUGUGAUCUGUGAUGUUGAUGCAGCUGCUACUCGAUAGUUGUAUGUUUCUCGAAGUGUAUUUUUUUGGGGUUAUGUGUGAUGUUUGAAAGACAGGUCAUGAUCUAAAUUAUUUCUGCGGAUUAGUUGACAUGCCAUGAUCUAAA